AAUGCCACUGCGUAUCAAACAUUUAAGUGUUAUUGAAGUAUAUUUGAAACAUAACACGCUGAAAAUGAAAGUACCAAGGGUGCAAAUACUAAAUAGUGCUCGGAUUUUAUUUUUUUUGAUCUAGGAGGGCUGGCUAAGGCCAGAAUUACAGGUUCCUGCACAUACGGGGUAGAGAAACUCCCAAGAGGUCUUCCAUGACGUAACCUCGGACAUUGUCCGGAGCUUGACUGUAAACAUAGGACCCAACAGGGUGAGUAAACCCGAGACAUGCCAUGAAAUCUGCACUCCUGUUACCUUCCCUGUAGGCUUGCUGUUUUUGUAAAUGUGCAUGUAAGAGAGUGAGAAAGAAGACCCGAUGAGCAGCAAAAACUUCUCUUCGUCUGCAUGUUUGACACCAGGCUCUAUAAACCAGGAUCCGGCACUAGUCCAUCAUCAUGCCCAGUCAGGAGAGGUAAGAGAGAAGAAACAAGUUAUGGAGGAUUUAUGGACACUAUUUUGUGGGGAUUCUGGAAGAUUAAAGAUAAAUGAAGGGCCACUGAGGUUAGAUAUUUUCAGUCAGCCUAAUUCAUGUGUCAAUCUUGCCUUGAUGAUUUUGCUGGAUUUCUUGCUUUUGAUCAUACUUCUAUUCAUCUCAAUAAAAAAAUCACGGACUGAAAUUCCACCUCGAUUACGGGGCGUUUCGAGUUUGCAGAUAAGCUCUGCCAUCUUUAAUGGCUGUCUUGGACUGGUGUACUUAUGCUUAGCCAUAUGGACUUUAGAAGAGAAUUUGAGGAAAACUCGAACUGCCUUACCCUUAGGCAGGUGGUUACUUAUGUUCUUACAAGGGUUCACAUCUUUGUCAGUUGGUCUAACCGUAAGUCUUCGAGGGAGACAUUUCGGGAGAACUCCGUUGCGGUUACUGGCUGUUCUUGCAUUCUUGGUUUCUGGAAUUGUAUGUGCUUUUUCCGUCUUUGCUGUCAUUUUAGGCAAUGGAGUAUCAGUUAAGGUGGCUUUGGAUAUUGUGUCUUUUCCAGCAGCAAUACUAUUGCUGUUUUGUGCUUGUAAGAGCUAUAAACAGGAUGAGAUUGAUGACAACCAAAAUGGCCUUUAUGCUCCUUUAAAUGGCGAUCAGGCCAGCAGCGUUAAUAAAUCUGAUCAAGCUACUCCAUUUGCUAAAGCAGGAGUUUUCAGUAACAUGUCAUUUUGGUGGUUGAACCCACUGAUGAAAAAGGGCAAAGAAAAGACUCUUGAGGAUGAAGAUAUGCCAAAGUUGCGUCGAGCAGAUCAAGCAAAAAGCUGUUAUGCGCAGUUCUUAGAGCAAGUCAACAAGCAAGAACAAGCUAAAUCAUCCUCUCAACCCUCACUACUGAGGACAAUUGUAUCAUGCCACUCGAACGAAAUUUUUGUUUCGGGUUCCUUCGCGUUACUAAAGAUACUUACUCUGUCAGCAGGUCCUAUGCUUCUUAAUAAUUUCAUUUUGGCUGCAGAAGGAAAAUCAGGUUUUAAAUACGAAGGCUAUAUAUUAGCCUUAGCACUUUUCAUCUUAAAAAUCUUAGGGUCAUUAUCACAACAGCAAUGGAAUUUUCGGUCCAGGCUCAUCGGUUUGAAGGUCAGAUCCUUGCUCACGGCUGCAAUAUAUAGGAAACAAUUGAGGCUAUCAAAUGCUGGUAGAUUGAUGCACUCAGGCAGUGAGAUAAUGAACUAUGUCACAGUAGAUGCUUAUAGAAUUGGCGAAUUUCCCUUUUGGUUUCAUCAGACUUGGACAACAAGCCUCCAGCUCUGCAUCUCUUUGGUCAUUUUGUUCAAUGCGGUAGGGCUAGCAACAGUUGCAGCUUUGGUAGUUCUUAUAAUCACCGCGCUCUGCAAUAUACCGCUCGCAAAGUUGCAGCAUAAAUAUCAGUCUAAGCUUAUGGUGGCACAAGAUAAAAGAUUAAAGGCCUGCACUGAAGCUUUAGUUAAUAUGAAGGUGUUGAAAUUGUAUGCAUGGGAAAAACAUUUCAAGAAUGUUAUAGAAGAUUUAAGGAAAGUUGAGUAUAAAUGGUUAUCAGCAGUACAAUUGCGAAGAGCAUAUAACGGUUUACUUUUUUGGUGUUCUCCUCUGUUGGUCUCUACUGCUACAUUUGGUGCAUGUUAUUUCCUCAAUGUUCCUCUUCAUGCUAAUAAUGUUUUCACUUUUAUCGCCACUUUACAGCUUGUGCAAGAUCCGAUUCGAACUAUACCUGAUGUUAUUGGAGUUGUUAUUCAAGCAAAGGUUGCCUUUGCGCGAAUUGUGAAGUAUCUAGAUGCACCAGAAUUGCAGAAUGGAAAUGUUCGACAGAAGCAAUAUAUAAAGAAUGCAAACCAUGCCGUUUCAAUUGAGUCUGCCAAUUUUUCAUGGGAAGAGAAGUCAUCAAAACCCACACUCAGAAAUGUAAACUUGGAGAUUAGACCGGGCGACAAAUUGGCUGUCUGCGGAGAAGUUGGCUCAGGCAAAUCGUCACUUCUAGCUGCAAUUCUUGGAGAAGUUCCAAAGACACAGGGAACUAUUAAGGUUUAUGGGAGGAUUGCCUAUGUUUCGCAAACAGCUUGGAUACAGAGUGGAACAGUAAGGGAAAAUAUAUUAUUUGGCUCUGCUAUUGAUAUCCAACGAUACCACGACACACUCGAGAGGUGUUCUCUGGUGAAGGACCUUGACUUGCUUCCUCAUGGUGAUCUUACGGAAAUAGGGGAAAGAGGAGUCAAUCUGAGUGGCGGUCAAAAGCAGCGUAUUCAACUUGCCCGGGCUCUCUAUAAGGAUGCUGACAUUUAUCUCUUGGAUGAUCCUUUCAGUGCGGUUGAUGCACAAACUGCCAUGAGCUUGUUUAAUGAAUAUAUCAUGGGGGCACUUGCAAGGAAGACAGUCUUACUUGUGACACAUCAAGUUGAUUUCCUGCCUGCAUUUGAUUCUGUUCUGUUGAUGUCAGAUGGGGACAUCCUGCGAUCAGCUUCUUAUCAUCAGCUGUUGGCCUCGAGCCAAGAAUUUCAGGACCUUGUCAAUGCUCACAAAGAGACGGCAGGUUCCAAAAGGCUUACUGGUAUUAUUACAACCAAAAGAACAGGAUCAUCUAUCAAGAAGAGCUACAUACAAAAGCAACUUCAAGCAUCAAAAGGAAAUCAAUCGAUCAAGCAAGAAGAAAGAGAAAUAGGAGAUACAGGAUUGAAGCCUUACAUUCAGUAUCUGAGUCAGAACAAAGGAUACUUGCUGUUUUCCAUAGCUGCUCUCAGUCAGGUUAUUCUUGUGAUUGGUCAGAUUUCACAGAGUUCUUGGAUGGCAGCUAAUGUCGACAAGCCUGAUGUCACUCCAUUGCGAUUAAUCGUUGUCUACUUGAUCAUCGGUGCUACAUCAUCCGUGUUUAUAUUUAUGAGAUCUCUCUCUACAGUCAUGUUGGGUCUUCAAUCAUCAACGUCUCUAUUUUCUCAGCUACUACAUUCCCUUUUCCGUUCACCUAUGUCCUUCUAUGACUCCACGCCACUAGGAAGAAUACUUAGUCGGGUAUCAUCAGAUCUGAGUAUUGUUGAUCUUGAUGUCCCAUUUGGUUUAGUCUUUGUUGUGGCAACGGCAACAAUUGCUUAUUCUAAUCUUGGAAUACUGGCUGUUGUUGCCUGGCAAGUGCUGUUUGUCUCCAUACCAAUGAUUUAUCUGGCAAUUCGUCUGCAGAGAUACUAUUUUGCCUCUGCGAAAGAGUUGAUGCGGAUCAAUGGUACAACCAAAUCUUUGGUGGCGAACCAUCUAGCUGAAUCUGUAGCAGGGGCUAUGACAAUUCGCUCUUUUGAGGAGGAAGAGCGAUUCUUUGCUGAAUAUCUUGACCUCGUCGACACAAAUGCUAGCCCUUUCUUUCACAACUUUGCAGCAAACGAAUGGCUGAUUCAACGGUUGGAAGCACUUAGUGCAAUCGUUCUUGCCUCUGCAACACUCUGCAUGGUUUCGCUUCCUCCUGGAACUUUUAGCCCAGGAUUGGUUGGAAUGGCACUUUCCUAUGGUCUUUCCUUAAACGUGUUUUUGGUUUCCUCAAUUCAAACUCAGUGCACCAUAGCGAAUUACAUCAUUUCUGUCGAAAGGCUUAAUCAAUACAUGCAUAUCCCAAGUGAAGCCCCUGAGGUGAUAGAAGAUAACCGUUCCCCGCCCUAUUGGCCAACAGUGGGUAAAGUGGAGAUCUGUGAUUUACAGAUAAGAUAUAGGUCUGAUGCACCACUAGUUCUUCGAGGAAUCAGUUGCACUUUUCAGGGAGGGCACAAGAUUGGCAUUGUUGGCCGUACUGGCAGUGGAAAGACUACUCUUAUUGGAGCUAUAUUCCGUCUAGUGGAGCCAACCGGAGGAAAGAUUAUUGUAGAUGGCAUGGAUAUCUCAAAAAUUGGGCUGCAUGAUCUGAGGUCACGAUUCGGAAUAAUUCCUCAAGAUCCAACUCUCUUUAGUGGAACUGUGAGAUACAAUUUGGACCCCUUGUCUCAGCACACUGAUCAGGAGAUAUGGGAGGUUCUUGGGAAGUGCCAGCUUCGAGAGGCUGUCCAGGAGAAAGACAAUGGUCUAGACUCCAUGGUUAUGGAAGACGGAGCGAAUUGGAGCAUGGGGCAGAGACAAUUAUUUUGCUUGGGGCGUGCACUUCUAAGGAGAAGUCGAGUAUUGGUGCUUGAUGAAGCAACUGCAUCAAUUGACAAUGCAACCGACUUGAUCUUACAGAAAACUAUCCGGUCUGAGUUUGCCACUUGCACUGUGAUCACAGUAGCUCACAGGAUACCAACAGUUAUGGAUUGCACCAUGGUUCUCACUAUCAGUGAUGGAGAACUAGUAGAGUAUGAUGAGCCGACGAGGUUAAUGAAUAACAAAGGUUCAAUGUUUGGGCAGCUGGUGAAGGAAUACUGGUCUCAUUAUCACUCUGCAGAAUCACAUUGAAACUGACAGGUGAGAUAGAAUGCUCCAACACACCAAGGUCCGAAGCUUCACGAUUCUCCACCAAGGUCUGCUUUUGCUCUAUUAAGCUCGAAAUACGCUCAAUUCCAUGCAUACGCCUGCAACACUUGGACAUAACAAAUAAGGGCCAAAACGAGAUGAAAUUCAACACUAAACAUAUGAAUAACCGUAUAAAAAGUCCUCGGAAAUAGGAAUAAUUCUACUUCUAUCACUUUACAGGAAUUAUACUUGUCAUAUGUCUGUCCUGGUGAUAAUACAAAUAACAUAGAUUAAUUUCGACAAUAUUUUUAAUCCGAACUUUGUUAUAGCUAUUCCAAAUUGAUGGCAUUACACA